AUGGAAUUUAUUGUAAUUGUUGUUCUUGCUCUGAUUGCUUGUAUUCAAGCUGCACCUUCGUCGCCAGUCAUAGAUAAAUCAUGGGGAGAACCACGAGGAUCAACAUUAACAGAAGGUAUCAAAUGUGUAUUUCUUGUUGGUCCAUUCGAUUGUGCUAAAGCUAAAACUGAUGCAGAUAAUGCUGCAGCGGAAGCUCGACAGAGUUAUCCAGCCGAUACAUUACAUAAUGGUAUUGGUGAUGCUUUUCGUCAUUGCUAUUGGAAUGCUUUAAUGACAAUUAGUAUUGGUCGUGAUCAAGCAAAGAAAGUUGCUGAUCUUCAUGAAGAUAAUAAUACGACAGGACCAUAUAAUGAACGUGUUAUGGAUUUAACAAAUAAUGAAAUUGGUCGACAACUUGGUAGUGAAUCAAAAACAGCUGAUGAAGCACGUGAAAAAUGUAGUGCUAAUGUUAGAAGUGGUUAUUUACAAUUAGCACCAUAG